AUAACUUCUCAAAAUUCGAUCAUGGUCUUGUCCGAUCGGACAUUAAUCCGAAGGACAGACAAAAUUUUAAUUCUGCUGCUAAAAUUUCCAGUGAUGCUGUAUUGAAUCUACUUGAACAAGUUCCAAAUUCUUUGGGAAUUCGUAUUUAUUUACAAGCUAUUAAAAGUGUAAGACUUGCUUACAUUGAAAAAACAACCAGUAUCAUGGAUCGUAUUUUUCAUGGGUGGAUAGCUGUAUUUAUAUUCAGAUUCUGGUGUUUAUGGAUUAACGAAAUGAAUAAAAAAAGUCUUGACACAAUUCUUACUCAAUUAUCUGAUUUUGAAUUUAAAUUUAAUGAAAAAGUUAAACCAAAAUCACAAUAUUUCAUUACAUAUCAAUCACAUUUUUGCGUCGAAAUCAAUGCUCAUUGUCUUAUUUAUCUAGCAACGCUUGUCAAUGAACAGCAACUUACUAUUGAAGCUUUAAAUAUAUGGUUACAGAAUUCUCAAGGAUGUGAAAGUACAUUCAGAUCAGCACGAUCGAUAUCUAGCAAUUUUUCUUCAGGUGUUAAUUUUACAGUUUCACAAUUUCUUUCUCAAGCAAACAAAUUAUCUACAUUGCAAAAUAUUAAAAAUAAUAAAAAUUCAAACCAUUUACGUUUUCCACAACAUCACAAAUUAUCAAAAGCAUCAGAAAAUGUUUUUGAAUUAUCAAAAACAACAGUUGUUUCUAAAAUCAAUAUUGAAAACGCCGUCCAUAAAGCAUAUGAAUAUGUAGUUCAUCUUUUAAGUCCACUAAAAAUCAAGCAUUUUGAACGAAAUGGUCAAAUAAUAACAUUAAAUGAUCUUAGUAACAUCAUUUCACGACAAUUAGAAGUCUUUUGGUCGGCAGAGAUUGAACUAAAUGAAGAUGCAACUGAUGAUUCAGAUAGUAAGAUAUCUGAUACUACAAUAAAUGAAUUAAAUGGAUAUGAUAGUGAUGAUUUGUUGGAAUCAGAUGAUGGUAAUGAUAGUAUUCAUGUUACCAACAUGAAAAAUGGUCAAGGAAUACGUGUGUUCGACAAGGUAAAGCAAGAACUUGCUCACACAUAUUUUCAAGUUAAUAUCAACAAUGAAAUUAAAUAUUUACAUAAACAAACAGCUUGUUGGCUUUUAGAAAAAGAUAAAAACACGUUAUCAGCUGAUAGACUAUCACGAGUUAGGGGUUUAUGA